AUGGAGUACAACUCUUUCCCUUUUAUUCCUUGCAGAAGAUCGGCUCUUUUUCCACCCCUACUCCUGUUGCUGUUUGAAAUGAAUUUUACUUCAGCUUUAUGUGGCUACGUAUGGCACAAAUGCGAUAAUUCCUCAGCUUUCACAAAUGGCAGCAUUUAUUUCACAAACUUGAAUCUGGUUAUCAACGAUCUGGUUCUUAAUGCACCUCAAAAUUCAGGGUUUAACACUUCUUCCUAUGGCCAAUUUCCCAAUAAGGUCUAUGGUCUGCUGCAGUGUACUGGAAAUAUAACAGCAGUAAGAUGCUCAAACUGUGCACUGAAGGCGAACAGCAGUAUUCAAGUACGUUGCGCCAACUACAUAGGUGGGCGAAUAUGGUUGGAUGACUGCUUCCUGCGCUAUAAUAACUCUAAUUUCAUUUCAACACUAGAUACUCAAGGAGUUAUCUUGGCAAACGGGAAUACCCUAAGCGGGAAGGCUUUCAAGUCCACAACCAGUAGCCUUCUGUCGAAUCUGUCUAACAAAGCUUACAUCCCUGCAAAUAAUGGAUUCGCUACUGGAUCGGCAAACUAUUCUGCUUCGGGAAUUUUGUACGAUUUGGUUCAGUGUUGGAGAGAUCUUUCAAUAAAAGAUUGUAAAUCAUGCCUGGAUACUGCAAGAUCAUAUACGAACACUUGCUGUUCUGCAAACCAAGGGGCCCAGAUUCAGUUGGGAAGCUGCAAGGUAAUAUAUGAUACAUAUCCAUUUUUAGACCAUCCCAACCCUGAGUGUCCCACUCCAAAUACAUCCACAGCUGCUCCUCCUCCCAAUAAGGCUAAUGGAACUUCUUCGGCGCCAUCAAAAAAAAAGUUUUCAAGAACAUUACCCAUAGUACUCGGUCUUCCGGGAGGCCUAUUACUGGCACUAGUCCUUUCUCUGAUUAUAUUGAGAAAAAAGGUUAAAUUAGUCAUUUUCGGGAGGCAAAUAACCUCCACUGACAAUCAAGAAAGGCAAGGAAUUUCCUCUGAAUCUGGUUGGCUUAGGCAACAGCAACCAUUUGUCUUUAGCUUUGAAAUGCUAGCAGAAGCCACAGAAAAUUUUCAUGACAAAAAUAUGCUUGGAAAGGGAGGUUUCGGUGUGGGAAUAACUAGAGAUGGAAAUGAGAUAGCAGAGAAAAAACUUUCUAUCAGGACUGCACAAGGAAACGUAGAUUUCAUGAAUGAAGUGAAACUGGUGGCUAAUAUUCACCACCGAAAUCUUGCAAAGCUGUUAGGAUGUUGUGUCCACGGUGAUGAAAGGCUGCUUGUUUAUGAGUAUUAUCCUUACAAAAGCUUGGACACAUUUCUCUUUGAUUCAGAGAAGGCUAGAGAGCUAGAUUGGCAAAAGCGUCAUAAUAUCAUCAUUGGAAUUGCACGUGGGCUUCACUACCUACACGAGGAUUCACAGCUGCGAAUUAUUCAUAGAGAUAUUAAAGUACAUAACAUUUUACUUGACGACAAACUCAAUCCAAAGAUAGCUGAUUUCGGUUUGGCCAAACUCUUCCCUGAAGAUGAAACGCAUAUUCAUACAAGAGUUGCAGGCACAUACGGUUACAUUUCUCCAGAGUAUGCAAUGCGAGGACAUCUGUCAGUUAAAGUGGACGUUUAUAGUUUUGGAGUGGUGCUGCUUGAGAUGGUCACUGGAAAGAAAAACACUGCUACUGAUCUUCCACAUCAUACGGAAACGCUGUUGGAAUGGAUAUUACAAGUCAGUGAGGAGCAGGCCUUAAGAUGCAUUCAUGUUGGGCUUUUGUGCGUACAGGCUGAUGCAACACUUCGUCCAGCUAUGUCUAAUGUUAUUGUGAUGCUCUCCAGCAGUUCAGAGACAUUGCCAAAUCCUUCAAAUCCUGCUUUUGUAAGCAAUAGCGAAAACUAUGCUUCAACAUCUCAGGCGACUAACAUUCACGAAUGUUCUGCGCUGUAUUUCCAAGAGAUUCCAGAAUGUUCUAACAUACCUUCUAUAAAUGAAACCACGGUCACUCAAAUGGACGCAAGGUGA